CAAUCACCAACCAAAACACCAGACACUAGAAAGUGCAUGCAGCUGUCGAUCAUCCUCGAAAAAGUAGGUUUUUUUUCUUCACGUAUCGGUAUCGUCUUGCAUCUCCGUCAUUUGUUUUGUACUUGUAGUUGAUCAAGUAUUCUUGUGGUUCCUUCGGAGUUCCACAAAUCUCCACCUAAAAACAGUAUCUCGUUUUUAUUUUACCAGCCCUGCUUCGCGCUUCUGGAUCAGGUGUGUCAAACACGGGAUUAGGAGGCUGUCUGUGUCGUAUUAGUGUAUGGUUUCACCCGGUAUUGAGGCAUUCUUUGGCGACGUAAUGAAAGUCGAUGAAGAGUAUUCGCGAAGAAUCAUGUGAAAAUCAUCUUUCGUUUCGUCCUUAGAUGUUAACGAAGCCGUUGCCUUACCUCGUUUAUGUCGGGCACUGAACGUCGUUGCGUCGUUGAUUCUCUGCGCCGAGAGCAGAACAAGCAGCUUCUUGCUCCUACCUCCGUUUGUGAAAAAUCGUUCACACCGAGAUGACACCAUCAUCUUCUCGAUUGUUGCUUUUCUUCGCAUUACCAAGCUGUUUUUUGGACGUGCGCGGGUCUGCGGGUGAGGACUUUUACACACCACUUCGACGAAGCCACAGAGGAAAGCAGCACCACCGUCGCGGGGCGCGUCUGCACGCAAAUCUUCACAAUGUUUUGACGCAUCACGUGGUCACUGCGCCGACGGCUGCGCCUUUAAGUAGUUCGUCACGGCAGGCGCAGGUGCACUACCACAGGGUAGAUCGAAGGCAUGGCAGGAGCAAGAAUCAAGCCGAGGCAAAUUUACAGCGACGCCUGCGACAAUCGUCGCGGCACAGGACGAGGAAGACUUUCCACAAUUUGGUGAACAACCAUAUGGCGUUCUCAAUUGUUACAUUCUCAACUGUUACAUAAAUUUGUGAGGCAAGAAUGGCAACAGGGAAAGGCCGGAUCUUGCAACUCUUACAUUACAAAUUCGGCACAGAUUCCCACGCUGUUUAGCCCUUCGAAAAUUUGUCAUGCGAGGCAGCUUCACUGUGUGGACGUUGAUGCUCAUUUUGCACGACAAAUUCAGAAUGUAACAUUUGAGAACUCCAUAAACCACCACCACCGGGAUGCGAAGGCGGAACCUGGGGCUACCCCGGCACUGGAUCUCAUGCGCCACUUGUCUGCGCGAGAUGUAUAGGAGAGGACUUAUUUCUGUUUAUUUUCAAAAAUCAAAAAAAUGCUCUUCGAUUUAUACACAGUACUCCUCGGUGACGUUGCAUAAAAACAUAAGUGAAAAAGAAAAGUAGCAGCUAUAAUUUUCUUCGCCAUCAAACAAAGGUCCUGGAUACCCAGCACCCGGCUCUGCAUGAGAUUGUGAAAGUAGCGAAGGAGGUGGCUGAGUCCCACGACGAGGAUCUGGCGAGUGCAACCAUUCCGGUGAUUGAGGAGUCGCUGGACAAGCUGCAAGCGCUGGUCGCCCAGGACCCGGGGGCGUCCGACUUCAUCUCGGACAUGCGAGCGCAGGUGUGUGCGCAGAAAAAGGACACCGAGUACGAUAAGUGCAAGACCUUCAUGGACAGCUACUGCAGUACCAAGGGGGAGACCGCUGCCUGCAAAGCCUUCAUGGGCGAUGACGAGGAGGAAGAAGAGGAAGAAACCACCACACCGCCGCCCCCGGAACCGGAAACCAUAGAACAACCGGUCCCAGAGGCGGACGAGGGCGAAGCAGAUCUCGUGGUCGACGACCAGGCCCCCGGGAAGGCCCCGACUCCGCUGCCGGAGCAAGGGUAACGAGGUCGCUGUUAGUACUUCUCCAGCUGCAAACGACCAAUGAUGUCACCCUGUAUCAGAUUCAGAAGUGCCUCACAUUCAUACAACCUCUCCAUAUGAUAUGGCUGAUAUCUUGUUCCACAUAGUAAAAGUAAUCUUCAUCGGUUUGCCUAUGCUUGUGCACAAAUAAAGGUUUGAAGGAGAAAAUGUGGCGCACAUUGACGGCGAAACCCAGACGGAUGAUUGGCGCCACGAAUUCGGACCGGGUCAGCCGGACACGUACGAUUCUAUUUGCGCGGAACAUCCGGGGAACGAAUGGUGCCGGAUGCACGGGUACGGGUCACCCUUUCACGCGGGCGCGUUUUCUGCGAAACCGUUUCUCACCUCAAUUUUUGCUAGCUUGUGGCUGGGCUACUACGUGCUGCUGUGAACAGGGGGCCACAACCUGAUGAACAUUGUGAAGCGUCGAGCUGGGCACCUGCGAACAAAAUGAAAGCAUGAGCAACAACUUUUUUCCGUUUGACACGAAUCAAUGAAUUGGUAAACCCGUUGAAUUUUUUUCCGACAGUUCCUGGCUCGCCUGAUAGUGUUUUUGUACUUCAACGGUUCAACGCUAUCAAAGAAGCUUGUGCUCGCCUUGAAAUUGUUUCCGAAACACGGUGGUGAUGAAUGCUGAAAGCAUCAGGCUGUCGUGGAGGUCGAGGCUCGCGAUCAUUUCAUGCAUGGAGAGCAAGUUAAAUUCCUUUGCCACCUCUUUCUACGAUCGUGCUCGUAGUUCCCGCUUAUUGAGACGAUCGCAAAGGUAGUUGACUUGAGGCUCAC